AUGAAACGUCAUCGAAUAUGUAUUGUUGGUAGUGGAUCAUCUGGUUUAGCAUGUGCACGUGUUUUUUCAUCCGAUGACUAUAAUUGUGAACCAACUGUUUUCGAACAAAAUCCAUUUAUUGGUGGUCAAUGGCAUUAUGAUCCAGAUGGAUUAUCAGAGACAACAGCUGUUUAUAAAAAUUUAAAAACAAAUCUACCUUGUGGUGUUAUGCAAUUUAGCGAUUUUCCAUUUCAAAACAUUGAUCCUGAAUCCUAUAUCGGUUGUAAAGAUGUAGAAGAUUAUAUAAUUGCCUAUGCCGAAAAACAUCAACUAUAUCGGCAUAUACUUUUGAAUACAAAAGUCAAUUCAAUUGAUGAAACAUUUACAGUUACAUAUACAGUACCAAUUGAUAAAGAAAAUGAAAUAUCUAAACGGUCUCAUCAAAAAUUAGUGACGAGAAAUGAGAAUUACGCAACUUAUUCAGAACAGUUCGAUGCAAUAUGUGUAGCAAACGGUCACUAUACUGAAAUGUAUAUACCUAAUGAUAUUCCUGGUCUGCGUAGUCGAACGUUUCCGAUAAUACAUUCUCAUUCUUAUAGAGAACCAGAACAUUAUCGCGAUAAAUGUGUUAUUAUUGUAGGUGCUAGCCAUUCUGGUGUUGAUAUUUCAAGUGAAUUAGCUCCAAUAGCUAAACAAGUAAUAUUAAGUAUGAAAGAAGAAAAUAAAAACCAGUAUGAAAAAGUUCUGAAUACGCUUCGACAAAAUGGAAAACAAUUAUGCACUAAUUAUCUAUCUACAACAUUUUCCAUUGUACCACCUAUUGAGCGUAUUGACAAAGAUACGGUCUACUUUCAAAAUCAAACUUCAAUUAAACCUGAUUUGAUCAUUUUUGCUACUGGUUAUGAAUAUCGAAUGUCUUUUCUUCAAGGUAAAUUACAAGUUGACCAAGAUCGUCUAUGCAAUAGUCACUAUGUGUAUCCACUAUACAAGCAAUUAUUUCAUGCAGAUUUCCCCGAUGGUACACUUUCAUUUUUGACCAUCCCUUAUUGCAUAGUACCAUUUCCGCUUGCUGAAGUACAAUCGCAUAUAAUUGCACGUGUUUUAUGUGGAAAACUAUCAUUACCGUCUCGUGAUGACAUGAUAAAUGUAAUAGAUAAUUUAUCACUACCUCUUAAUCGAUCCUAUCAUCAGGUUAAUAUGAUUGAAUAUGCAGAAGAUUUAUUCGAAAUGAUGAAAGAUAACAAGCGGAUUUAUGAUGUUACCAAUUGGAUUAAACAUCCAGGUGAACAGACUGUUCUCAAUCAUUAUGCUGAACAAGAUUCAACUGAGCCAGUUCGUGCUUUUCAUCCUAAUAUUGCUCUUGUUCAAAAAUAUUUCAAAACAUUUUACAUCGGUGAUUUAAUCGGCGAUGACAAUAAAAAGACUACAAAAGAUGAUGAUCAAGCAUUAAAUGAUGAAAUUGAACAAUUAAGACAAAAAGCUAUUGCAAAAAAACUUUUUCAACCAAAUCGAUUCUUUUUUAUUAUAACUUGUUUACAUAUUUUAGCUUUUGAAUUUGCUGUUUAUUAUGUUUUAAAUCGUUUUGGUACAAGUUGGCUACCUUAUUUAAUAGCAAUUUUGUUUUAUAUUAUUGCCGAAGCUCAAUGUGGCUGGAUUCAACAUGAUUUUGGUCAUUUAUCAGUAUUCAACAAACCUUCAUGGAAUCAUGCAUUUCAUCAUUUUUUUCUCGGCUUCAUUAAAGGAAGAAGUGCUGAUUGGUGGAAUAAUAUGCAUUUUCAACAUCAUUCAAAACCAAAUAUUAUCGACAAAGAUCCUGAUAACGUGUAG